AGCCAGUCCUCAUUGGGCUCAUCAUAUUUCAGUUUGAUUCUUUGUGAUUGGAGAUUGGUGAAAAAAUAGCUUACAAGCAAUCUAAAUUUGCCUUUUAGCAUACUAUGGGAAAGCGCAGAAAGUUGAAUAUCAUUCAAAAUGAUGGUCAAUCACAAGCAAAAGAGCAAUCAAUUGAAAGCUCUACUGAAGUGAACCAAAAUAACAACUCUAUACUUGAAGAAAAUGCACAAUUUGAAGGAGAACAACACAUACAAGAAGAUAGUCAUGUUCAGUCUCAUACUUCUCUUGAAAGUGCAAAUGAAAGUUCAACUAAAGAUAAAAAGAGAACCAGAGGUUAUACACAUAUGCUAGAUGUGUGGGACUUGCCAGAUGGAGAAUUCAUACUUGUUGAAGUAGAUCAUUGGGGCAAUCCUAUGGGUUGGGAAGGGAAAACUCUACUGAAUGCAAUUGGGAGCUUGGUAAGGAGACACCAAUGUGCUCCUAUCAAUUUUCUUAGCUGGAAAGACAUGCCUAAGGACUAUAUUACUGACAUGGUUGAAUUAAUUCAGAAAAUAAGCAAAAUCAACAAAAGGAGCCGCUCAAAAUAUGAGGACUUGCAUUGCAUGGGAACCAAUAAUCUUCCAAGACGGAUUCAUGAGAUGACUACAAAGGCUAAGGGAGUGCAACCUUCUAGGGCAGAAAUUUAUAUUGACACUCGAACUCGAAAAGAUGGAAGCAUUGUUACUGAAAAGGCUGCUAUUGUAAUUGAUGAACUAAAAAAAGAAAAUGGUUGAAGCAGAGAGUUCGCAAAAUUUACAAAGCACGCAAGAUUCUACUGAUUGGACAAAUGAUAUAUAUUCAAAAGUCAAAGGACCUGAAAAAAGAGGACGUGUGCGUUGUCUUGGCAAGCUUCCACAUCAAGCAAGUUCAUCUCAAAGCUCUUAUACAAACAAUAGAAUUCAAAAGUUGGAGAAUUUGCUUGGAAACCUUGUAGCUGUGCUUAAAGUACGAUUUGCAGAAGAUCCACAAAUUAAUCAAGUCUUAGAAGCUAUAGAUCAAGAGGUACCUACAAAUGAUUCUACCGGUAAAGAUCAUCAAACUACAAACAAUCUUAGCUAGAGUCUUGUUCCUUUUACUUGAAUGAUGAUUUGGAAAGCCCUCGUGCAAUUGGACCCUUCUUUAGGCUCUCACGGUCAAGGAAAAGAUGAUGGCAGCAUCAACCACAUGAUUAUUCUGUUUGUGUCCCCACUAUAAAUAUAUAAUUGGGUCAUCUAAUUGAUCUUUUCUGGAUGGGAUCACCUAAAUGAAUUAUUGAUUAACUGGACCAGCUUGUGAUAAUAUAUUGUUAAAUUUACACGUCCCAUUUUUCUUUUUUGAUGUUUGUUUUCUUGUAUAUGUUAUUGGGUGAUAUAUACUUGUUAAAUACAUACUUGAAAGACCUAUGCUAAAGCAAGAGUAUUUUACAAUUGGAAUGAGGGUGGGAAAAAUGUGAAGCAGAAAAGCAACCUUAUUUUCAUGUGAAUGUUUGGCUAUUAUUGUUGCA